AUGAAGAUAAAGCAUGUUGCAUUACCGGACAUUUGGAGAGUUUGUAAUAAGAUCCGUGCUGCCAUUUUUCGUACCGGAUUAAAUCUUUAUGAUUAUUUCAAACCGUUGGAUCCAAAUAAUAAUUCAUUAAUCUCUGAAAGGCAAUUUAUAACGGUUUUGGGAAGACAAAUCCGUAAUCAAAUAGGAUUAUCAGAUCAAGAAAUAUCAGAAUUGGCUGAUUAUUUUAGAGUUCAAGAUGGCCGAAUUUUUUACACACAACUAUGUGAAGUCAUACACAAAAGCGUACCUGAUUUUUCACAAAAUCAACCAUUCACAACGGGAUUAGAAUGGGAAGAUCCGUUACACGAGAAUUUUUUAGGGCCCGCUGAAGAGAGAAAAAUUGAAAUAAUAAUGGCGAAAAUUGCAUCACUCGUUAAUGUAAAACAAUUAAUAUUACGUCCUUAUUUUCAAGAUUACGAAUUGAUUUCAAAAAGCUGCGGAUCGAUAACGAUUGCACAUUUUGGAAGGAUUCUUUAUUUUUUAGGAAUUCAUCUUUGUGCUGAUGAAUUUAAUCUUUUGGUUAAAAAAUACGUUAAAGAUUCUUAUACCCUAAGUUACAAUGCAUUUCUUGCAAAAUUAAAUGAAAUCACGCGAUAUUGGGAAAAAUUUGGAUUCACCGAUAUGGGAGGAGAUCUCCUUCAACAGUUCCCUGGAAGAUUAAUAAAUGCCGAAUUACCAAAAUUACCCCGUCCGGAAAUAAACGUCAAAUCAAAUAAAGAAAUAUUUGGUGCGCAAAAGAAUUUUCAUCCGGUCAUGGACAAACCUCCACCUCCGGACGAUUUAAUAACGGUUAUGAAAAGAAUACAAAGACACGUUUUUGUUAACAGACUACGAACGACCGAUUUUUUUCAGUGUUUUGAUCAAUUGAACAGUGGAAAAGUGACCAUUAAUCAAUUUCAAAGAGGAAUUAAUUUAUUGUCGACCCCUCAUUUGUACCUUUCCGAUUUUGAAGUUUGGCAAAUAAUUGUCUGUUACAGAGAUCCAAACGAUAGCGAUAGAGUUUGCUGGAGAACUUUUGCCGAUGACGUAGAUCAAGUGUUCACGACAAAAGAAUUGGAAAAAUGGCCCGAAUUGAUAGUUGAACCAUUUCCGUAUGACGUUAAAGAAUUAAGACAACGAGGACAGGAAGAAUGGAUUAAUGUCGAUUCUAAAUUUCGAGAUCUUUGCGAAGAAACUCUUGAAAAAAUAAGAAACAGAGCUGCUAGAAGACGAUUAAAUUUAAAAACCGAAUUUAGAAUGUAUGAUAAGCUCAAUACAGGAUACGUUACACGUACGCAAUACAGACAAGUUCUUUCGUCGAAUAACAUAUUGUUAGCCGAAGAAGAAAUGACGUCUUUAGAAUGUAGAUAUAAUGAUGAAAACGGUUUUAACUAUUUCCGGUUUUUGUCGGAAGUUGAAUCCGCGAUGAUUGAAGAGCCUCUCUACAACGAUUACGUUAAAAAAUUAGUAAAAGUCAAUAAGGGAGAAGUUAAAGAAGAUGUAUCAAUAUGCGAAAGAGAUAUUGUUAUGGUACUUGGAAAAAUAAAAGCAAAACUCGUGAGAGAAAGAUUAGACGUUUAUCCAUUUUUGAAAGAAUAUGAUUUGUGCAAUGAAAAAUUUAUAUCGAAAGAAAAUUUUAUACGCGGUUUGUCUACUGCUGGUUUUGUCCUGACGCCAACGGAACUGGAAACGAUUACUAACACAUUUGCAGCUCCCAUGAGAUCUGGUUUCGUCGAUUAUGUUACAUUUGUAAGAACCAUAGACGAAGCAUUUACACAAGCCGAAUUGGAAAGAGCUCCUUUAAUAAUUCCAAUUCCACAUUAUCCAAGCGAAGCAAAUCCUAGGAGUUUCUUAAAUUUUGAAGAAAGGCAUAAAGUUGCUGUUGCUCUUGAAAAACUCGCAUCGGUCGGAGAUAGAAAUCUCGAAGAGCUCUUUUCCGAUUACGACAAGCAAAAAUUUGGAACCAUCACGAAAACUCAACUUAUAAGCGUUUUAUCAAUUCGUAAGAUGCUUUAUUUAUUAUCAACACCCGAGGUUGAUUCUCUCGCAAAAGCUUUCAGUUAUUACAAGGGAAGAAGAGACGAAGUCGAUUACAGAGCAUUUUUAAAAGCAUUAGAAAUAUUAAUAGUGAACCGAAAAAGGAAACCCACUUGGAAUAGUUAA